AUGGAGAAAAUGAAGUUCAAAGAAAACACACACAUAGAAGUAUGGGAUUCUGCCUCAAUAUGGCCAGAAAGAGACUAUAAGUGUAGCUUUUGCAAGAGAGAAUUCAGGUCUGCACAAGCACUAGGGGGUCAUAUGAAUGUUCAUAGAAGGGAUAGGGCAAAACUCAGACUCUUACACUACUCUCCUUCACCUUCAUGUGAUAAUGUUAAUUCAUCUCAAAAAAAACCUAACCAUAAUCCUACGAUUUCAUCAUCAUCCUCUUCGUCGUCUCCUAGGUUUAAUUUCACUGGGAGCUAUCUAAAGGGAGAUGUAGCUAAGAGUACUCUAAGUAAGAAAGUUUCUCUUGGAGUGAAGCAGCCAGCAGAUUUUGCCAAGAGAAACAAUGAAAAUAGGGUUUGGAAAAAGAGAGAGUUUGUUACAUUGGACUUUAACAUGGGGUUGAUCCAAACAAAGGAGGAUUUAGAUAUGGAUUUGGAUUUGGAACUUCGCCUUGGUUACUCUUAG